ACCGGGUGUAGGGCAGGGGUUAGGGUUGAGACUGGGUGUAGGGGUUAGGGUAGGGACUGGGACUUCAGUAAGGAUGCUGUCAGUGGUGAUAUUAGGUGUGACCCUGUCCCUGCUCAUUCUGCUGACGGUGUUUGGUAAUGUCCUGGUAUGUCUGGCCGUCUGCGCCACACGACGUCUCCGCUGCCUCACCAACUGCUUCAUCAUUUCCCUCGCCAUCACUGACCUGCUGCUUGGCAUGCUGGUCCUGCCCUUCUCCGCCCUCCUCCAGCUAGGCGAUUGGCCGCUGGGGCCAACCCUCUGCAACAUCUACAUCUCAUUGGAUGUUAUGUUAUGCACUGCCUCUAUCCUCACCCUAUUGGCCAUCAGCGUGGACCGAUACCUGGCCGUGACCGCACCUCUUAGAUACUCGUCGCUGGUGUUGCCGAGGGGGGUAGCCAUAACGAUGGCUUCGGUGUGGGCGGUGUCUCUGGGGGUGUCGUUCCUACCGAUCCACCUGGGCUGGAACACUGUGGACGGCAGUGUGCAGAACCGCGGCCCGGGGGAGGAGAGGGAGUGUAAGUUUGAGCUGAACCCUUGGUACGUUGCGGUGGACGCCUCCUUAACCUUUUACCUUCCCCUGCUGAUCAUGUGCUGGAACUACCUCCGCAUACUCCGCAUCGCCCGGGCCCAGGCCAGACGCAUCAUCCAUGCACGACCCAACCUCAACAACAACAACCCCUCGUCACCCCCUCAUCAACUCACCUCAGUAACAGUGAUGGCUCUACGGGAACACAAAGCCACAGUGACCCUAGCAGCAGUUAUCGGAGCGUUCAUAGUGUGCUGGUUCCCCUACUUCACCCUGUUUACUAUCAUGGGUCUGAGGAUGCAGGACUACCCAGCAGCCUACCCUGUGGUGCUGUGGCUGGGGUACAUCAACUCAGCUCUGAACCCAUUGCUCUACGCUGCCCUCAACAGAGACUUUAGGUCCGCCUACGCCCGCCUGCUGCACUGUGGUAACUAUGGAUAUGGCAGGGGGAGGGGCGGGCCAGCGUCGCCCCACAACAGGACCACGACGGGUAGAAGGAACAAGGAGAAAGACAACACACACGGUGCGGGGGAGGUAGGUGAGGGGAGGGUGUCGCUCUGCUGCGUGAACACACCUCUUCCUGUAGGGCGGGGCCAGGUGAGACCGGUGUGAUGAUGAUGGUACAGGAAGUCAGAGGAACAACCAUACCUUCCACUCAGCACAGCACAGGGGUGUCUGCCGCCAACGAGUGAGCAGAAACAAAUGGCGCUGACCCUGUGUCUAUCUGUGAUGAGGAUUCAGUGUCCUACCUGUCCUGAAAGCUGAGCCCAGGACCAGCCAACUUAACUCUGACACCCAGCCCAGGGGAUCAAUCACAGACAGGACACUGGGAGUCGUCUGAAAUAUCACGGACAAUCUGCAACAAGGAAUCCCGGGGACCUUUAACCGCAGAACUAGAAUGAGACUAUUUCUAUCCCUUCAACCAAUAAGCAGUGACUGGGGAAGCACACAAGUCACUUUGUUCUGGAACACUGAUACCUGGAAAGUAAUGUCACGGACGGACGGACGGACGGACGGACGGACGGACGGACGGACGGACGGACGGACGGACGGACGGACUAAAACACUUAUGUCAGACUGGUGGUGAAAUCUAAGCUCUGGUGUUAUUCACCUGAGCCUGACUGUGAUCUUCCAAUGAAGCAGAUAGUUAUGCCCUCUAGUGAUGGAAUAUAGUAAUACAACCUGACAAGAAGACUAGACUCAGCAAUUAUCUCAUAAAACAAUCAGUGUUCUGAGAGAAAAUGAUUUCAAAUAUGUGAAAGUGUUUCAUCUGUAUGAGGAACUGUUUAACUGUGCAGCUAUAUGUGUCAUAUACUAGGUAUUUUGAAUUUGAGUUCACAGUAUGUACAUGCAGCCUACUGGACUAAAACAUGCCCCAGAACAUCUUGGGAUCUGAUAUUUGUCACAUCUAACCACAGUGCCAUCUAAGUUGUUGUAAGGUUUUGAAUGAAGGCCACCUACGACCAGGGAUGGUACUGAAAGCUGCUGGUGGAGUGGUAGAAUAAAUAACA